ACCGCACGGCGGGCGGGUGAAGACGAGGCAGCCAGCCAUUGUGCCCGGAAUGGACGUGUUAAGACGGAAAAGCAACAGUGAAGUGGGCCCACGUCACUUCGGGGGGCCCCACAAGACGGUCCAGUGAGUGCGGGAGUGCGGCAGGCCGGGGCUGCGGCCGGACACGGGCCGCCCGACGACGACGAUGCCGUGAUGGCAAGAGAGGACGCGCGCGGCAAGCGGCCCUUCAAAUUAUGGGACGGGCAACGUAGCGUGCGCAAAGGGCUGGUGGUGGGCAGCCUCGAAGAAUUAGUAGCACGUGGUCGUGAUAAACUUGGAGUUGCAGCUCAGGAUCCUGUGAGAUUAGUGUUAGAGGCGGAUGGUACUCAAGUGGAAGACGCUGAGUACUUCCGGACCCUACCGCCAAAUAGUGUUUUGUUAUUGUUACGGCCUGGUGAACGGUGGUUACCGGCAGGGGUUGAUGUUAUACGUGCAGUAGUCUCGGCCAUUCCUCGAAUCGUAUGCGAGACUAUCAACGCCUUGGAGUUACAAGAUGAGACGCCUUCGUGGAAGAUCAUGGACAACAAGGGGCGAGUCACGGUGGUGUUACACUGGGACCAGCGUCCAGGACGUGGUCCGGUCGACGUACCGUCACCGGCCAAAUUUUCGCCGAGCAAGCGGCCAGUGGCGGGGGCGGGGGCGGGAGCGCAGCCCCCGACGCCUCUACCCAAGGGCCCGCCGUCGUCUCAAGACGGCUUCACACCCCCUAGACGAGCUAGCCCGCAGAUUACUGUGAUAAACCAUGACGAGGUUCGACCGUUGAGCGCGCGUCGCACGAGCUCCCUGGAGGCACCCGUGCACGUGCACACGCCCGAGUGCGCGCACCACGCGCACCUGCCACGCGCCGGUAGUCCGCAGAACGGCACGAUCGAGUGCGACUUCCACUGUUGCGCGUUGCACGAGGAGGGCAGGCGCAUCGCGGUGCACAAGAGCGUCGCGACGUCACCGAUCCAGGACGCAGGCGCCCAAGCGACCCAGGCCUCUCCUCAACCCAGACACGUCCGUUUUUUAGACGUUGAAGGUGACGGCCGGGGCGGCGGGGGCGGGCGCCUCUCCGAGCACGAGUCUUCCGAGUCCGAGACGGAGAACACCGUCAUGGAGGACGAGGCCGUCACCUCCGAAAAGUUCCUGCUACUCAUCGACCAGCUCAGCGUGGAUCAGAAACGUCACCUCAGCAUCAAGGACAUCGGGAUCAUCCUGGAACGGCUCAGUUCCAAGAUACUCGACGUCGAGAGGCUGGACAGGGAGAGCGAGAGCGACGACUGUUACAACUGGACCAUCAAGGCCACAAUAAGGGGCGCAGACAUGCGCGAGCUGGGGGUGAUCUACAACGGAAACUACUACGCGAUCUCGGAGCACCCGGGCUACCGGGAGGAGAACGAGGGCAUGCUCGAAGAGGCCGAGGAGGAGGAAGAAGAGGAAGACAGGCUGUGAACGCCACUGCCAUAAAUGCGCACAAUCUGAGCGCGCGCGGUGCGCACAUAUCGAACUGAUGAUGUAAUAAAGUCGAAACAGGUGGAGGGUCGGGGGUCCGAGGGGUUUUUUUCGCGAUCGCGAUCCGCGCAUCAAGUUCGAAACGCUCGACGGGAGUUAAAAUAAUGAAUGCGAAAGGUGAAAAAUGUUAUUGUUAGUGUGGAAAAACGGUUUUUUUUUUGUGGUUAUUGUUUUUUUUUAUCUACAGGGUGUAAGGCAGGUUGCUUGUCAAAUUUCGCACAAAUGUGCUUGACAAACUACUUGUCAAACUUUCUUGUAUCAAACUAUAGUUUAUUUUAUUUGUAAUGGUCUUAAAAAAUCGUUUUUUUACAUCGUAAACAUUAAAAGGGCGGUAUUUUAUCUGGAAUCGUUUAAAUUGCAACAGGGUGCCAAAUGGGUAUAUGAUUGUGCCAAAAGAACGAACGCCAUAAAGUGAAUUAUUUUUUAUGAAAUUUUUAUUAGUUCUAUGAUUUUAUUUAGCUAUCGUUUCUCUCGCUCUUUUUCAAUGUUGAAGAUUUAAGAGGGAGUGAGAGCCUCUGUACUCUCUAAUUUUUGUUUUAAUUCGAGAUCUUAUAUUAGAUUUUGACAUAAAAAUUACCAUCUGUUUUAAAAUUUUAGUUAUGCCAUUUUGUCUUUUACAAGUUGAAUUGUUCAAAGUAAGAAUGACACCACCUUGAUAUGAUAUUUACAUCUAAUACAAAAUGGUGGCUCUUAACUCAGUUACUAUUAACCGAUAUUUGAAUUUAAGGGCUGUGAUUAAGCAAAAAGUAUGACCCUUCAAAACAACAUUUUGACGCAUGAAUGACCAGAUGGCGGAUAGGCGCCAUCUUGGUCCUUGGUUUAACAUUUUUCUUAUUAACUUAUUAUAAGAAAAAUUGUAUUGCGGAAAUCAGAAAGAGAUACAUACACCUGAUUAAACUCCAAAUGGCCGAUAAAAUUUUGAAACCACUGCCAUUUUGUUUUGGAGGCAAAUAAAAAUGUUAUAUAUUGAAAUUAUUUUAAUAUAAACCAAAGCACAACCAAGAUGGUGUCCAUCUGGCAUUUUCAAUUCAAUACACUUUGACUCUUAAUGCCUUUACUCUUAUUCUUAUAUAUGACCAUUAAUAAAAUGUGAACUAAAUUUUGACAUAGAUGACUAAAAUAAGGGAUGGGCGCCAUCUUCGUACUCGCCUCCAAAACAAAAUGGCGGCCUUUGAUAAUUUACCAAUUUUUCUUAUUGAUUAAGAUCUUAUUAAAAUAGUUGCAUAAUACGUCGUCAAAUUGAAAAUGAGCGGUAACGUUUUGAAAACGGCGCCAUUUUGCUUGGCCACACCCAAUAUUUGCUAAUUUCUUAGAACAUUGAAAGACUAAAAUUAGUAAACAACAGCUUUGUUUAAGUUCUACAAGUGCUCAGGGGCAAGGAGGUGUUUUGUUUACACACAUAUUCACCGAUUUUUUGUUGUAAAACAUAUAUAAUUAUGUUAAUUUAACGUAUUGGUGUUAAAUUUUGAGUUAAAAAUAAAAAUUAAAAAUAGAUAUCUUAUUCUAAAUGCAAAAAUAACACCUUCAAGGCAAAAAUAAAUUAUUGACAUACUUAUUAUGAGAACCGCUUCUAAAAAAUUUGAAAUGGCAAUACCGUAAGCAAAAGCUGUGCUUACAUUCGGCAUUUGUGAGGUUGUGUGUUUUUUCUUUAGUUUUUGGUUGAAAAAGAAAAAAUAUCAAGAAAAAACCGUCAUCAUAAACGUAGAAUAGAGGAUCAUAAAAAAAUCUAUUACGAAAUCUAUAAUAGUUAUAAAAUAUUUAAUUUCUAUCAAAAUGCUUUUUUACUAGAUAGGUAGAUACCUUUGCUCUAAUGAAUUACAUAUGCUAAAAAAACGCAUUAAGAGUUCAUAAACAGUAGUAUUGUUUAUAUUUAAAGCAUAAUCUCUUAUUAAUAAAUAUUAAGAAUGUAAAUAUUUUUUGACGACGUCACUGGUGGCGGUAGAAUCAAUAACAUAAUCAAGCGGCGUUGCGAUGUUGUUGCCUUUUUUUUUAAUAUACUUUAUCUGAAUUUAUUUAACUUUGAAUAUUGACUUUUUUAUAGAGUAUCUGUCAUAUUUUAUUAAAGGAGAGGCAGUUUUAAUUAAUUUAUUAAAGCAGUAUUGUUUUGUGUCUGUAAAAAUAAGUAACUUAUGAUAAGAUAUAUGAUAUAUAAUGAUAACUUAUGAAGUGUUUUUUUUGCCAUUUUUACGUAAGCAUUUGGCAUCAUUACAUCAGAGAUGUUGCAAGCAAACAAAAUGCCCAUAGUUUCAAGGCAAUGCUAAUUCUAGCCUUUCAAUGUUCUAAGGCUAAUUUUUUAUUUAUUUUUCUAACUAAAACAAAAGACUGAUGUUCAUUUUGCUGUAGUAAAUGUUCACUUAAAUUCCUAUCAUUAAUUAGACAGUUUCAACCAAAUUUUUAAAGAUAUGAGAGGAAAAUUCUAAUAAAGACUAUAAGCAAUACAUACUUUUAAGUAAAAAAGACAAACAGCGUUUUCUUAAAAUAAAUUAAUGAUUUCAGAUAAAAUUCUGCCCUUUUUUCCUCAAAAAGAUAUAUGUGAUAUAGUUCGAGCUUUAAUUAAAAAGUAAAACCACCUGCAACUAAAACGAAUAACCAUACGGACACUUCAAGUGACAUUUUUAGUAAAAAAAUUACGUCGAGAAGGUACCGCGCAUAGACUCAUUAUUUAAACAAACAAACCAAAAAACAAAAAAACAAAAAAAAUUCAUCGCUUUGUACAUUUUUUACCAUUAAGUGUCAAAUAAACGCGAAUAGUCGACUAAGGUUACCUUUAGGACUUUUAAUAGGAAAAGUUCAUAGGACAAGAAAUAUUUAAAUGAAGUUGUUUAGAUUUAAAUAAAAAAUAAAUAAAUAAAAUAUUUAUUGAGUUACGGUUGAACAUUGCUCAAACGCUAAUUUGUUCUUUAAUAAUCUUAAUGUAUAUUUCUCAAAAUUUUGAGCGGUUUGUUAUAAUAUAAGUUUUCGAAUUCCGAUGCCAAAGUUGAAAAAGGGUAGACAACAGGAUCGGGAAAUUUUAUAGUAAACAUUCAGACGUUUCGUUAUUACUAAUUUAUUACUAAUCAUCUUUAACUACGGAGUGAACUAAAUAACAUGCUGCUUUUGCUAAUAUACGAGAGGGGUUAAAUUUUAAAAAAAGUUGCCAAAUUAGAUGCUCCUUGCAAAAUCUUUAUUGGAUUUUAAAGUGCACCCUCAAUCUUUUUGAGAUUUGCUUUUUUUUUGCUAACCAUGCUUUUUUUAUUUAUUUUUUUUUUUAAAUAAAUUAAUAUGUCAUGCUUUUAUAUUUGCUAUAUUACAAUAUCCUGAACAAAAAAAUGUUGAUGAUGGGUUAUGAAAGACGAAACGUCGUAUAAUCAAUAUUAUGCAGGAUGAAGAAAGUGGCUAUGAUAAAGGGUGAUUUAUUUUAUUCUAUGGAUUGAAAUAACGUCAGAAAAUGAAAUGAUUUUUUGAAAUUUAAUUUUUUUUGGAAAUAAUCCUAAUUUUUUUAAAUUUCAAGCAGCAAUUUAAAAAGGAUCAAUACGCAAUUCCUUUUAUGCAGUUAAAUUGAUCUACCAUUUUUUCUGAUUAUUUAUUUCAAGCAGUUGAAGUAAUUUUUUAUUUUUUUCAGGCAUUUGAAGCCUUUGGUUAUUCAUUUUUAGGGACUUAAAGCCAUUUUUCGGGCAGUUAAAGUAACUUUUCAAUUGUUACAGGCAAUUCAAGCCUUUGGUUAUUUAUUUGAAGCAACUGAGGUAUUGUUCCAUUUCUUUUAGGCAUUUGAAACCUCUGGUUAUUAAUUUUUAGGCACUUGAAGCCAUUUCUCAGUUUUCUCAGGCACUUUAAGUAAUUUUUCAAUUAUUACAGGCAACUGAAGCCUUUGCUUAUUUAUUUCUAAGCCCUUGAAUCCAUUUCUUAGUUUCCCCAGGCAGUUUAAGUAAGUUUUCAUUUAUCACAAGCAAUUGACUCCUGUUGUCAUUCAUUUUUAGGCACUUGAAGCCAUUUCUUAUGUUUCUCAGGCAGUUUUAGUAAUUUUUUAAUUAUUACAGGGAAUUAAAGCCAUUGGCCAUUGAUUUGAAGCAGCUGAAGUAAUUUUCCGUUUCUUCUAGGCAUUUAAAGCCUCUGGGUAAUAAUUUUUAGGCACUUGAAGUCAUUUUUCAGUUUUCUUAGGCUCUUAAAGUAAUUUUUCAAUUAUUACAGGCAAUUCAUGCCUUUGGUUGUUUAUUUGAAGCAACCGAGGUAGUUUUCUAUUUCUUUUAGGCAUUUGAAGCCUCUGGUUAUUCAUUUUUAGGCACUUGUAGCCAUUUCUCAGUUUUCUCAGGCAGUUUUAGUAUUUUUUCAAUAAUUACAGGGAAUUGAAGCCAUUGGCCAUUGAUUUGAAACAGCUGAGGUAAUUUUCCACUGCUUUUAGGCAUUUAAAGCAUCGGGUUAUUCAUUUUUAGGCAGUUAAAGUAAUUUUUCAAUUGUUACAGGCAAUUCAAACCUUUGGUUAUUUAUUUGAAGAAACCAAGGUAAUUUUCUAUUUCUUUUAGGCAUUUGAAGGCUGUGGUUAUUCAUUUUUAGGCACUUGUAGCCAUUUCUCAGUUUUCUCAGGCAGUUUAAGUAAUUUUUUAAUUAUUACAGGCAACUAAAGCCUUUGGUUAUUUAUUUUUAAGCCCUUGAAUCCAUUUUUUAGUUUCCCCAGGCAGUGUAAGUAAGUUUUUAUUUAUUACAAGCAAUUGGCACCUGUGGUCAUUCAUUUUUAGGUACUUGAAGCCAUUUCUUAUGUGUCUCAGGCAGUUUUAGUAAUUUUUCAAUUAUUACAGGGAAUUGAAGCCUUUGGCUAUUGAUUUGAAGCAGCUGAAGUAAUUUUCCACUGCUUUUAGGCAUUUAAAGCGUCGGGUCAUUCAUUAUUAGGCACUUGAAGUCAUUUCUUAGUUUUCUUAGGCAGUUUAAGUAAUUUUUUAAUUAUUACAGGCAAUUCAAGCCAUUGGCCAUUGAUUGGAAGUAUCUGAAGUAAUUUUCCAUUUCUUUUAGGCAUUUGAAGCCUAAGGUUAUUUUUUUUUGCACUUGAAGCCACUUAUUCUUAGUUUUGUAAGGUAGUAAAUUAAUUUUUCAAUUAUUACAGCCAAUUGAAGUGUUUGAUUAUUUAUUUUAAGUAAUUGUAAAUUUUCUUCAGGCGACACUUCAUUUAUUUUCUGUUGGUGAUAAUCUUCCAAGAUCUUUUGAGAGAACCUUUAAUGCUUUAACAUCUUGGCUAGUUUCGUCUUUCUUAAGGUCAUCUUCAGAUCUACUCAACUAACUAAUUAUUUUGGUGUAGUUAGAAAUCCUAUAAUAAUAAGUUAAUUUUUUCUUUAGUUAUCAUUAUUUUUCACUAAUUACAAAAAAAAAUAAAUUUCCAUAUACUACGUAUUUUUCUGUAAUUCUCUGAGGAUAAUAUAGUAAAAAGUCGAAACGUCUUUACAUGAAUCUUCCUUUUUAUCAUGAAUUUCUUAAUUUUUUAUGAAGUUUAUUCCAAAUUUCAUUAGAAUUCAUCAGCAUUUCUUCCAAUCCAAAUAUAUUAAUUUUAAAUAAUCAUCAAAAUACAUCAUAUGUUCAUCUAAAGGCAUUUUCCUAUAUCAUUUAAAGAAAUCUAUAUCGUCAAUUUUUGCAACAAAUCCAAAAUCCUGGACUGUCUACCCUUAAAAUGGAAAUGAAACACUAAACAAGGCUGAACGAGAUAUUUUGAUGUAAAUUUAGAAAUAAUAACGUAACUUUGUGCCAAUUUACCCUCUAAAAUUUUGAUUGGUGUACUAUUAAAUUGAUAUUUAUUGACUAAUGAUAUUUAAUAUAGGUCAAGUGUGUAUACUUAUACCACGAGGCGGAUACGAUACGUCUAAUCAUAAUUAAAAUAUUGGAGAUUCUGGGGAGGUUUUUUUUGGUACAUCUAGCUAAAAAAAAUUGUACUAAAUAACCCGUAUGUACUAAAAAACACCUCGCGGGACUACCCAUGGAAAUUUAACUAAUUUUUCAUUGCCAAUGGAAAAAGAUUACGUAGGUCUAUAUUAGAUAUACUAUUCAACCAAUUAUGGGCUGGAAUUUUGCGACUUUGGACAGUUAAGCGGAAUCCUUGUAUUAUUGUUGGAGGCCCGAUUGUUCUAUUCACUACACUGCCAACAGAUGGUGUUCUAUGUAAGAUUUGAUGAUGGCAAAAUUUUGGACGAUACCUUGCCGAUUGUUGUUACGGGUAUGGGAUCGUGUUUUUACGAUCCCCUGUGGGGAUACAUAAAUUCCUUUCAUUAAAACUGCUACUAUAACUCCUAAAGGGUACAAAUGACAACCCCUCCUUCGCCGCACCUAGCAGCGUCUAACAAACCCGACUGAGAAAACGACACUUGCGCUGAAUAAAUCCAGAUAAACGUGUACAUAGAGAUCCACAUCCAGGACUGUUCCACACACAUAAAAUUUAACACGAAAUGUCUCUUUUUUUUAUACCUAUGAACAAUAUCUUUAAACAAUCAUAAUUAAUUAUUAAGUUUGCGUACUCCCGUUUGAAAGACGGAUGCGGACAGAAAUUGUAAAUUUAUUAUCUUUUAAGGGUGGUUGACGUCCCACUUUCGAAUAUUGUUAUUAUUGUGAGCAAGUAAAUGGGUCGACUACCCCCCCGUUUUGAUAUAUUAUAUCGUUUUUUUGCUUUGUACUAGGGUUCUAUUGUUUUUUUAAGCUGCUACCCUUAACCCUUAUAUACUAAUUUCAUUCUAAAAACGUGCUAAGACUGCAAAUAAAAUUGCGAAUUUAUAAUGAAAAUUAGUAUAUUUCGGCAGUCGUUAAUAAAUUGCGAAAAAUAUACAGGGUGUCCCAUGCAGGGUGGCAAUCGUAACAGGAUUCCAAAUGUCAGAUUUCCAUGGACGCUAACUAUUAAAGAAUCAUACCAGGAUUUCAGAAAUAUAUAGCGUGUUCCAUUUACGAAUAAGUGGCCACACUGCGGUAAUAAAAAUAUUUUAGAUAUUUUGACCAUGUUUAUUGUCUACUUUAGCGGCGUUGCCAAUAAGCCAUCUAGCAUGGGACACCUUGUAUAAUAAUAUAACUGUUAAUCCAGUAAUAUUUUGGUAACACAUUUUACCAUUGAUUGGCAUUUGCGUAAAUGUUUAUGGUGUGACUCAUACAGAGUUUGCGUUGAAACAUGAACCUUUUCUUGCACUCUCAUUCGGCAACCUCGCUUUUUUGAGGUACGUCUGUCACUCAAACUUUGAGAGUUAUUCAAAGGGUUAUCUUAUUUAUUUCGAAGAUAUUACUAACAUGAUAUUUUUUAUUAAUAAGUCUUUUAAAUAUUUCCUAUUUAAUUGGAACAUUAUCAUAUAAAAUUUGCUUGUAGGGGCGAUGUUGCCAACUUUCCUAUUAUUUCCUGAAAAACUCCAUUAAUUUUCUUUCAGUGAAACUUUUUAUGAGUUAUACCAUAAAUAUCUUGCUCUGAUGUAAUAUUUUUUAAAUAUUAAGAGAAGUUUAUUUGAUAUUAUAAUUAUUUAAACAAAGAGCAUCCUAUAAACAAUCCCUUAAUUUGUGGCUAAAAAAUAUUGUUAUAUAUAGUAUAAUAGUCGAUUUAUAUUGUUUUUAAAAAAGAAUGAUAAUUACUAGGUGAACAUUAAACUUUAAAUAAGUAUUUGCAUUUUAUAUGUACGUAUAAUUUCAAUUUUAUAUAAAACAAAAUGUAAUUAAACGCAUUGAGAUUAAUCGAAUUAAAAAAAAAUGUAUAAACAAGUACAAACGUAAGUUUUAGAAAUGUUGGUAUGUAAUAAUAAUUGCACUGAACGUAUUUGGUAGAGUACUUUGAUCAAAAUUUGUGUUAAAUACGACGGGUUUAGUGAAUUAUGAAUUUUCAUUUAUCGAAAAUGCUACGGAAUAAUUUACGAGUAAAACACAAUAUUGAUUUGGUUGUUCUAUCUAGUGCAAAAAUAAAAAAAAAAAAGAGUACUGCUCAGGUAUUUAAUUAACAGAGCAAGUAUUUACGGUUUAUACUUUUGCUAACACACUUGUUAAUUAUUAAUAAAAUGGCAGAACGAUAUUUGUUUCUAUAGCUUAAGUUAAUCCUUCUAAUGUAAGAUCCGAAACGUGUCUUUUUGACUAGAAAAAGGAAGGCGAAAAAUGAAAAUGGGAACGCCGAUUUUGUUUCAAUUUUAAGCGCGAACCUUUAAAUGUAAACGUUAGGAGAAUUUUAAAUUUACUUUUAUUAAAUUUGUUUGUUAUUAAACUUCUAUAAAAUAAAAACGCAUUAUUACGCAAA